AUGUGGGAGGACCUGGCGCGUGUCUGCGCCGCGCAGGCGGGACUGAAAUCAGGGAGUGAUGGAGAGACAUCCAAGUGUUGCUCACGCGAUCAGUUGCAGUCACCCAGGUUGUGGGCUAAAGCUGACCAGGCAGAGAGCUACGAGCAGCUUGUGAAGCGCCGCCAGCAAGAGGUGAGGCACCUGCAGGAGUCUGUCAAGAUGCUGCAAGCCAAUGAUGAGGUGGCCAACACUGUCGGGAAGCUGCAGUAUCGGUUGCUGCUGUGCCAGUGGGAGAAAGGCAAUGUGCAACGCCAACUGCAAACGGCGACGCAGGACCUGCGACAGGCUCGGCGAGAGCUGCUGGAGAACGAUGAGCAGGUGGAGCAGGAGCGGCAGGAGCACGACCAGACGGAG